AUGCGAAAGUCUGCAACAACUAUUCUUCCACGUUCUACAUCAACUCAUUUAACUUCUAUUCAACGAAAAAAUUCUUCAUCUUCAUCUUCAGCAACAACAUCAACAGCAACACAAUUUCCACAUAGUACGAGUCAUCAUAAUUGUCAAGAAUUUAUUUCAAAUAAUAUAAAUACAAAGAUUCGUUCUCGGUCAAUUUGUAGUCGUACAAAUUUUUUUACAAGUCCAACAACACAUGAACUAUCUCGCUUCGAACCUAUACUUAAUCAUGAUACAGAUUCAUUAAAAAUUGGUGACCGCAUAUAUGUUAAUGGUCAAUGGUCAGGUAUUAUAUUAUAUAUUGGAGAAACAACAUUUGGAACUGGUGAUUGGGCUGGUGUUAUACUUGAUGAUCCAUCAUUAGGUAAAACAAAUGGUAUUGUACGUGGUCGAUGUUAUUUUCAAACAACCAAUAAUCGUGGAAUAUUUUGUCGUUUAACUAAGCUUACUCGAGAAAAAAAUUUAUCUUGUGAAGUAGAACAAAAAUGA